UGCACCAAAGAAUGUGGAUAAACCUGUUGUAAGACAGCACAAACGUUAGUCCUACAUCAAAAGAUGGAAGUGCAGGAUCGGGAGUCUCUGGGGAGAUGGGACGGGCUGGGCAGUCGGGAUGCCAUCUCCAGAACUGAAGCCAUGGAGAACAUCCGACAGGACGUCAUGAGGAAAGUGGAGGCCAUCAGGCCCUUACCGUCACCCCCAGCCUCGCGUAGCCCUCCCAACAGUGACCUGAACGACAUCCUGGCUCACCUCCUCAUGCUUUCCAAACGGUGUCCCUUUGACGACGUCAAGGACCGAUGCAUUCGGCUUCUACAAGGCGUCCAGGACUUGGGAGUAAGGAUCCCAAGACCCUUAGGAAACGGACCAAGCAGAUUUAUCCCUGAAAAAGAGAUUCUCCAAGUCAGUAAAGUGGACGCCAGGACACAGUCGAUAUUUGAGGAUGCGUUUGCAGCCCUCGGUCGCCUAGACAACAUUUCUCUGGUGAUGGGCUUCCAUCCGCAGUACCUGGGGAGUUUUCUCCGGACGCAGCACUACCUGCUGCAGAUGGAUGGACCCCUGUCUUUGCACUACCGACACUACAUCGGCAUCAUGGCGGCAGCUAGACAUCAGUGUUCAUACUUGGUCAACCUCCAUGUGAAUGACUUCCUCCAAGUUGGGGGUGACCCCAAGUGGUUGAACGGCCUGGACAAAGCCCCGCAGAAGCUGCAGCAACUCGGGGAGCUCAACAAAAUCUUGGCCCACCGACCAUGGCUUCUCACAAAGGAACACAUUGAGCGGCUUUUGAAGGCGGAGGAGCACAGCUGGUCCCUCGCAGAGCUAAUCCACGCCGUGGUCCUCCUCACGCACUACCACUCCCUCGCCUCCUUCACUUUUGGCUGCGGCAUCACGACCGAGAUCCACUGCGACGGCGGGCACACUUUCAGACCGCCCUCCCUCAGCCAGUACUGCGUCUGUGACAUUGCCAACGGCAACGGGCAUGCUAAUCACCACGACGAUCCGCUUGGCAACCAGGAGAUGUGCGGCGAGGUGGAGGUGCUGAUGGAGCGCAUGAAGCAACUGCAGGAGUGCCGCGACGACGAGGAGGCGAGCCAGGAGGAGAUGGCGACUCGCUUUGAAAGAGAGAAGACGGAGAGCAUGCUGGUAGUCACAGCAGAGGACGAGGAGUGUGUCCCCUCCAGAGACAUCUCCCGGCACUUUGAGGACCCCAGCUAUGGCUACAAGGACUUCUCCAGGAGGGGGGAGCAUGUGCCCACAUUCAGAGUGCAGGACUACAGCUGGGAGGACCACGGUUUCUCUCUGGUCAACAGGCUGUACCCUGAUGUUGGUCAGAUGCUGGACGAAAAGUUCCAGAUGGCCUACAAUCUGACCUACAACACCAUGGCUACACACAAAGAUGUGGACACCAGCAUGCUGCGCAGGGCCAUCUGGAACUACAUCCACUGCAUGUUCGGCAUCAGGUAUGAUGACUAUGAUUACGGGGAGAUAAACCAGCUUCUGGACCGUAGCUUUAAGAUCUAUAUUAAGACUAUGGUGUGUAGUCCUGAGAAGACCACCAAACGAAUGUAUGAGAGCUUCUGGAGGCAGUUUCAGCACUCCGAGAAGGUCCACGUUAAUCUGCUUCUUAUGGAAGCGCGAAUGCAGGCGGAACUGUUAUACGCUCUGAGAGCGAUCACCCGCUACAUGACAUGAAGUGCUUUUGGCGUUUUUAUCGUUGUCUUUUUACUGUCAUUGUCGUUGCUCAUAAUGGGACACUUCAAGAAAAGAAAAAAAAAAAAUCAAAGGGGGGGAAUUCAACAAAAAUGUGGAGGAGACGUGAGAAGCCCUGGGUUGUGACGGUGCUUGUUGGAUGGAUGUUGAGAUGAGGAUCAGAACAAAUGAAGGCAAGAAAAAAAAAAAAACUGUUAAAGGAAGUCAUCUCAGACUACAACUGGAUACACAACCUUGUGUUGCCUGCAGUGCCAAAACUGACCAAGAGAGGGCAGCCUGGAGCAAACUCCUGCUCUGCUGGGGAGUUUGUGCCAGGCCUGGUGCAUUCAGGACGAAGUUUCAAUAUCCCAACAUAUCUCUUCUGUCUCCUGGUAGAGUGAAGACCCACAAAAAAUCCCCAGAAAGCUGUGCAGCCAGAAACAGUCUGCUCUUUGAUUCUGUCGUCACUGUUUUAUUUGUUAGUUUCUUUAAUAUCUUUUUUUUAUUUCAUUUUGUAUUAAGGGAAGUUGUUGUCGAUGUGGUUGCUUUUAGUGGUAACUGGAGAUGGAAGCAUUAACUUUGGGCUGUUUUUUUUUAUACGUGUGCCUGAACUAUCCAGCACAGUGUGCAUAUGUGCUGAUGCUGCUGCUCCCAUGUUGUAUUCAGCGGGGUCAUAUUGAUCCCCAAAUCAACCAACCAACCCCAUUAUAUCCCCUAAGCCCCUACCUAUUAGAAAUCCACUGCAUUACCCCCCUCCCUCUCGUCUGCUACCCCCUUUCCCAAAUGUCAAUGUAAGCUAAUCCAAGGAGUGUGUGAAAACCCAGAGAUGUGUGGAAAGAAACUCAAAGAACACUGAGCCCUUUUUUUUUUUUUUGAGUUUGACUGUAAAACGUGUGGAUGAGUUCUGUGUUUAUGAUGAAUGAGGUGUGACUGUUUGUGUGUUUGCGUUUCACAGAAAUGAUGGGGAGAGAGAGAGAGAGAGAGAGAGAGAGAAAAAAAAAGUUUGUCUUUGAAUUUCAUGUGUCAAAAAAGAAAAGGAAAAAAAAAGCAAGGCACUUUGAAGGAAAGACUUCUUGCUUCUGCUGUAGCUCUGUUAUUGUGAGAUGACUGUUUUAUCAUUUGUUGUUGAUGAUGAUGAUGAUGAUGAUGAUGAUGAUGAUGUCUUUUUAUUUUUCUGGUAAUGUUGGGGAGAAAAAAAAAAAGAAAAGGAAAAAAAGAAGCUAAUCAAAAAGAAAGUAAGAAACCAGGUUUUCCAGGAGGGAUUUGCUUCCGGUUGCCCAUACCACACAUUAUCUGUCUUCCGCUUAUCCCAGCUGCCUGGUCACCCUAACACUUUUCGAAGCUUUGGAUUGUGAAUUUACCAGUAAAUGAAUACCUCUUCAGUUUUUCUCUAUAAAACAUAUAAGAAGUGCUCUUCUGUGAGCACAGACUCUUUCCAGGCUGCCAUGUUCCCCAUUGUUUGGGGACCCGGCGGGCCCACACAGGGCCGUCUGCGGUCGAUUUUAGCUGUCGAACGCAAAAGGUUGUAGCUGUGCUUAUUUCCCUGCUGGGGAAGUCUAACCAGUGCAAAAGAAGCAUUUUUUGUUGUUGUUGAACAGAGGUGUGAAGCCUCUGCCGUUAUGUUUUUUUUGUUUACUAAAACCAGUAAAGUACUGCAUUCUU